GGGUCAGCGGUUGGCGCGAUGCUUAUUUGGCUUCAUGAGCCACUCGCAAACUCGCAGCUGUGGCGCCACUAAUACUGUGAGCAAGCUUUUGACCUCAGAGACAGAUUGCUGUUGGUGUUCCUCACUCGUCAGCAAACAUGCUGCGGCAGGCUUUGGCCCUAGUGGCUUACGUCUUCGCCUUUGGUGCUAUCACCUACAUGAGCUCUUGGGUCUGGAACCUGAGCGUGCUGGUGCCCCAGCUGACGGACUACCUGCCGCUUGGCAUCGACGGCAAACCGUUCAUCGACCUCGCUCUACCCAACCUCGCCGCCAAGACGUGCUUCAACUGCCUACUGAUGCUGCCGCUCGCCAUUCAGCACAACGUCAUGUCCCGUACGAAGGUCAAGGCGCACAUGAGGAAGGUGGUCCCAUUCGCGUGGGAGCGCACCCUAUUCGUCACCUGUGCGGCAUGUGCGGUGCUGACCUUGAUGCAUCUGUGGCAGCCCAUGCCGCACACCGUCUGGCAAGUGCCGGCACCGUACGACCUCCUGGUGGUGUGCGUCGCUGUGCUGGCCUUCGGCCUCUUCUUCAGCUCAACCUUCGCGGUCGACCACCUCGACAUGUUCGGGCUCCGUCAGGCCUUCACUGGCGCCGACGAGCACACCUACCGCCGCCCCGGCCUGGUGCUCAACGUGUACUACAGCUUCGUGCGCCACCCUCUGUACCUCGGCCUGCUCAUGUUCCUCUUCUGUGCCCCCACCAUGACCGCCGGCCGGCUGCUGUUCGCCUUGCUGAACCUGGGCUUCGUGCUGUGGAGCCUGCCUCUGGAGGAGGGAGACCUGGAGGCAGCCAUGGGCCCCGCAUACGCCCACUACCGCCGCUCCGUGCCGGCGCUCAUCCCCGCGCUGCGCCCGUACGUGCAGACCCACGAGGCCAUGAUGCGCAAGAACAUGUGAUGGGCUGAUGGCAGCUGCGUUUUGGGUGUGUGGUUAUGAAGGGGGUUGUCGGCUGGCGCAAACCGCGAGUGUCGCACCGUGGGGGCAUGUCGCACCCGUGGAGGGCACUGUAGUACGGCCGUAUUGAUCGCAAAUGACGUUGCAAAUUGAAUGUAGUCGUCUGGGAAUACGCUGCACACUUCAGGACUAUGCCAUCCUGCCCCUUACCCUGUCCCAUCGCGCCUAUUGAUCGCAUAUGUGUGUCUCGAUAACAGGGUUGGGAGUUUGCAAGGCUGGGUAAGAGGGCUGGAACUGUGCAAACUGACCCCGGCUAUGGAAGAUGAGGCAGCGCUUGCAGGCUCAUACGGGACAUGUACGGGAGGCGUGGCGUGGGCCGGUGGGCGCAGCCCACGUUUCCCUUGAGAGGGGAAACCACUUUCUUGUCGGCGGCUGAUUUACGUGAUUGUGAUUUACGCCUCCGGACUGGGGAGACGCGGAUACAUGUAGGGAAGGGCGCUGCGUAGUGAUACUAGCGUACUAGUUUUGGGUCGACCCGUGUUAUGCAGCAGUAAGAUCGUAGCAUACCGGCUCGCGGCGGGCCAUGCCCGCAAGGUCUACGUCGUCAAGUGAUGUGGAUUCGUUGACUGAUUACUGGAUGCUUUGCUCGAUGUAUUGUUUAUAUGGCUGCUGUACUCUCAGGCUCUGCGUGAGCUUUAGAGGCCGAGAAGGGCCCACCAUACAUAAUGCCAUUUGACGUGCUAUGCACCGGGGGUACAUGCGUAUGGGGUGCCCUGGUUGUGAGCGCUGCCGCAUGGUACUCGUGCGUGCGCGGUGGGCACGGCAGUAGCUGUGUGUCGCCCGGGGUGUUGCCUCGUGUGCGGUGACCUGCUGGCGAGUGCCAGUUUUGCCUACGGUAUUCUCCUCGUCUAAGAAGUUUCUGGUUCCGUCUAGGCUCGCCUAGAAUCUUAUACAUGUCGGCGCCAAAACCAAGUCCGAGCCCCUCUUGAAUUGCGCCACAAGCGGGCGGUAGUACGGUAAAGAGCUGGAGCAAUACAAAGUGUCGUCAUGUAGCAGGAGCGAGAUACUGAGGUAGAUGUCUGACACACUUGUAUGUGUUUGGCUGGGGAGGGUGGAGCCGUGGAGCGUCCUACGUACGCAUUAGUUCCGCAACGCACGUCAAUAACCUGCUAAAGUUUGAGAAGGCUGAAGGAGCAGGCGGCACGCCCGUAAAGUCCUAGUACUGUAGUUGCUUUUCCGUGUCACUGGGUCGUGGACUGUGUCACCAGGUCCCUCUUGUAAGCCUUGCUGCCC